CGGACGGACGCUGUGGGUCCAGACUCCUCCGAGGUCGCGUGCACAGCUGGCCGGAAAGAAUGAAUGAAGGCGCCAGUGCCCGGCGGGGCGGAGGUUGGGGUGGGCGUCAGGGGUGAAGGCUCAGCAGUGGUAGGGGUCAGAACUGCGGGGCACGGGGUCGGUAGAAGGGAGCUCCAGCCGGGACCCGGAGAUCAGUGCAUCUGCAAGUGGUCAGAAAUCACCUGAUCCAAGCUGAUAUGGCAUAAAAGUCUUUGGAGAAAAAAAAAAGUGCCUAACUGAAGAAUGGCAGAAGCAGUCUUGAUUGAUCUCUCUGGUUUACAACUGAACUCUCAGAAAAACUGCCAUGAGACGUUACUGAACACACUGGAUGAUAUUCACUACCACCAUGCUCCCAAGGCCAAGUUCCUUUGCAUAAUAUGUUGCAGUGAUGCCACCAAGGGGAAGGGUGGGGAAUAUGGCCUCUGUGAACUGGAAGCGGGAAAUGGCUUUUCACGUCUCGCGGGAAAAUUUGAGACUGUUAGCAAUCCCAGCCUGGCUGCCUCUUUGUAUACAAUUAAACAAAAAAUUGAUGAAGAAAAUCUGAGCCGUGUUAAGGUGAUUGUCCCCGAGCACAGGAAACUGUUAAUGAAGGCUUAUGUUGACCAACUCUUCACCAAGGUGUAUGAGUUUGAGUUUGAAGAUUUACAGGUACCUUGGAGGGAUAACCUCUUGAAACCAUCCACUGGAAUAAACGUGACCUCAAGUCACGAACUAGAAGACAUCCAGAGUGAAAUAGAAACAUACUUGAAAGGCCUGCCAGUGCUGAAAGGGGACCUAACUAUUGUCACAUCUCCUCUGAUCCCAGACAUCUUCCUACAUGGGUUUACUACACGGACCGGUGGCAUAUCUUAUAUACCCACUCUCAGCUCACUCAAUCUGUUCAGUAGUUCCAAACGAAGAGAUCCCAAAGUAGUUGUUCAAGAAAAUGUCCGUAGGUUGGCAAAUGCUGCAGGAUUUAAUGCACAGAAAUUUUAUCCAAUAAAGACUGAUCACGCCAAUGAAGUAUGGGUUAUGGGGAAGGAGGAGCCUGAAUCUUAUGAUGGGAUCGUCACAAAUCAAAAAGGAGUAACACUCACAGCUCUUGGCGCCGACUGUAUACCUAUAGUCUUCGCAGAUCCUGUGAGAAAAGCAUGUGGUGUUGCUCACUCUGGCUGGAAAGGUACUUUGUUGGGUGUAGCUAUGGCUACUGUGAAUGCUAUGAUAGCAGAGUAUGGCUGUAAUGUGGAAAACAUUAUUGUUGUUCUGGGACCUUCCGUGGGAUCUUGCUGCUUUACUCUUCCCAGAGAAUCGGCAAUCUCAUUUCACAAUCUUCAUCCUUCAUGUGUGAGACAGUUUGACUCACCAAGGCCCUAUGUUGACAUCCGAAAAGCCACCAGGAUUCUUCUAGAACGAGGAGGAAUUCUUCCACAGAAUAUUCAAGACCAGAAGGAAGAUCUUGACCUCUGCACUUCCUGCCAUCCUGAGAAGUUUUUCUCCCAUGUCCGCGAUGGUCUUAACUUCGGUACACAGAUAGGCUUCAUAUCCCUUAGAGAAUGAGGUUCUUGGCUGGAAUUUUGUAUAAAUGUUUCCCGCAUCCUUCCACACUGGCUGCAAAAGAAAAUAUUUAGCUUUUUGAUGUAUAUAAAAUCAUGAGGAUUACAAAAGAUAAUUCCUCUUUGGGGUAUGCUUUCACUGUUAACCAAAGCCCAAUGAUCUUGGUCUAAUUCUUAUGAUAACUGAUGAAAAAAAUCAAUGUGAUGUCAUUCCUAAAUUUUACCCCCUGUAUUUGUGUAUAAAUCAAGGCCAGGCCUGUUCAGCUCAGUGUUCGGUAGAUGCCAGCUUUUGUUUAGGGAUGGAGCUCAGCACAGUAAAUUAAGUGAAGACACCGUCUUCCUUUGAAUCAGUGCAGUAGGGGAGAUAAGUGUUUCCUUCUACAUAUGUAGUUUUAAUUGCCUUAUAAAAUACUAGGUUUCCUCUGGCAUUCUCAGGCACCAUGUUUUUGCUGAUCCUCUGCCUCCCUUUCCCUGUCCCCUUGGGGGGACCCUUCCACUCCCAGUAGCCCCUCUUUCCUGUCUCAUGUGUUUUAUUACUUCUCCCUUGCUCAAUCAUCUUUUUAUGUUCCCUUUCUAGUUUCAACACCUGUAUCCACAUUUAUGCCCACAAAUUUACAUUUCCAUAUAUACAUAUAUGUUUACAUAAACAUCAAAAGUUAGAAUUUAUAUUUAUAGAUAAGGAAAAACAUGCAGUGUUUGUUAUUCCGAGUCUGGAUUAUUUUGCUCACCAUAAAAUAAUUCCUGAUCCAUCAAUUCUACAGGUUUGAUAAUUUCAUUAAAUAAAAUAUUGUGUGUGUGUACUAUA